AUGAGGGCUGAGGACGUGACCCAUUACCAAAGUACCGAGGCGACAGAUCCCCCCGUACUCCCACUGUCAGCUGAGACCAAGUCUACUAAACCUGGGAAGGCACAGCCCGUGUUUUCACCACCACAACCGCCCCUUUCCCCCCAUCCGCUCUCGGGAGAGGUCCCCAGCUCGCAGCAGAGCUCGCCCCUACCGAGAAUAAAGGUCUGUCCCCCCGGGGCGGGAUCUGCCCGGGUACACACUGGGCAUCAACCCACCGGCAACACCACCCUCAACUCCUGCGGGGCGGCGCCCUCCGCAGCGCGCUGCCGAGCCCCGCGGGGACCCCCGCCGGCAGCGGGCAGGCUCCCCCCACCCCCCGCUCGCACCCACCGCUGCGCCGCAGACCCAAGGCAGGGGUUCGGCUCCCUGCCGCCGCCUCCGCCCAGACGAGCCGAUUUCGAGGCCGCCACGGUGUCCCCGUCCCUUCCUCCGCCUCCCCGGCGCCGCUCAGGCCCCACCACCCGCUCCGCCCUCCCCGACUCGCCCCGGGCAGGUGCCCUCAGCGGGCACCUUGCUGCCCGCGGAGCGGCUCCCCGAAGAUCCCCGAGGGUCUCCCCGCCACUCCUCUCUCUCCAGCGGCCAGGCACCCGCGGCCGGCCCCCGACUCCUCCUCGGCCAGCCCCGCGGGGUGGAAACCCGCUCCGCCUGCAGCGGCCGCGCCCGCCGCCCCGCUCUCCUCAGCGGGCGGAUACGCCCCGGCUCCCCGCGGACCGGCACACACCGCCCCGCAGCCCCUUCCUUCCCUCCCGCGGAGCCCCUGCGCGCUCCCCCGGCUCCCCUCACCACAGACCUGCCCGCCGGCCGGCCCCUCUGCCCGCGCUGAGGCGGGGCCGCCUCCCUCCCUCCCUCCCUCAGCGCCUCCAUCCCGCCUCUCUCGCGGGUCGCUCUCCCAGCCCCGGGGAUCCCCCUCCCAGCCCCGGGGAUCCCCACCGACCCCCUCCCCGCAGACAGCCCCGCUGCCCCAGACACCCGCCUCCCUCGACGGCCAGACACCCCCCUCCCUCACUGGGCUUCCCACAGCGGCCCCCCGCCACCUCUCCUCCCGCGAGGGAAGGGGCCGCGCUCUCCCGGCCAGGACCUUCUGCCGCCCGCAGCGGGGGAAAGCGGAGGAGCCCCGGCCCCGCCGCGGGCAGUGUGGCUGCCCCGGUACACCCCCCUCCGUCCCGCAGCACUCACCGGCCAAGCGCGGAAAGCGGAGUCGGAGGCGCCGGGGCACGGCACGGCCCGCUUCGCCUGCCGCCUCCGAGCGCCGCGGCAGUGGUGGUGCCGCCCGCGCAUGGAUUAUGGAGGGCGGGCUCUGCCCCGGGCCGGGGCUGCGGGACCACCCCGGCAGGCUGGGGCUGA